AUGCGGGAGGAGACAACGUUAGCCCAGGCGGCUCACGGGGAGGUCCGGGGCCCAGAGGAGGAGCAACAGGGUGGGGGAGACUUCCCCGGGGCCGGUGGCGGUGGCUGCUGCAGCAGUGAGCGCCUGGUGAUCAACAUCUCGGGGCUGCGAUUUGAGACACAAUUGCGCACCCUGUCUCUGUUUCCUGACACGCUUUUGGGAGACCCCGGUCGCCGAGUCCGCUUCUUUGACCCCUUGCGCAAUGAAUACUUCUUUGAUCGCAACCGACCCAGCUUCGACGCCAUCCUGUACUACUACCAGUCUGGGGGCCGGCUGCGGAGGCCCGUCAAUGUGCCUCUGGAUAUUUUUCUGGAGGAGAUCCGCUUUUACCAGCUGGGUGAGGAGGCCCUGGAGGCUUUCCGGGAGGAUGAGGGCUGCCUUCCAGAGGGUGGGGAGCACCAGAAGCCCUUGCCUUCUCAGCCUUUCAAGCGUCAGGUCUGGCUCCUCUUUGAAUAUCCUGAGAGCUCAGGCCCAGCUAGGGGUAUCGCCAUUGUCUCGGUACUGGUCAUUCUCAUCUCUAUAGUCAUAUUUUGCCUGGAAACCCUGCCUCAGUUCCGGCCAGAACCCCGAAGUAGAAGUGAAGAUGGGAGGGUAAAUUCAGGUGGCCCAGGGUCUAGAGGGAGCCAGGAAGAAGAUGAAGGAGACCACUCAGUAUAUAAGCUGUUAAAUCCCAGUGUCAUUGUCCAGGGGGGAGUUGUAUCAGGACCUGGACCAUCGUCCCAACUGAUUCCACUUGGGGAUCCUCCAGAGGCUGCCUCUUUCUUCACAGACCCCUUUUUUCUGGUAGAGACCCUCUGCAUAGUGUGGUUCACGUUUGAGCUGCUGGUUCGUUUCUCUGCCUGCCCUAGCAAGCCAGCCUUCUUCCGCAACAUCAUGAACAUCAUAGAUUUAGUGGCUAUCUUCCCUUACUUUAUCACGUUGGGCACAGAGUUGGUGCAACAGCAGGAACAGCAGCCUGGCAGCACUGGAGGAGGCAGCAGCCAGAAUGGGCAGCAGGCAAUGUCCCUGGCAAUCCUUCGAGUCAUCCGCCUCGUCCGAGUUUUCCGCAUCUUCAAACUUUCCCGACACUCUAAAGGUCUCCAAAUCCUGGGCAAGACAUUGCAGGCCUCCAUGCGGGAGCUUGGACUCCUCAUCUUCUUCCUCUUCAUUGGAGUCAUCCUCUUCUCCAGUGCCGUCUACUUUGCUGAGGCAGAUGAUGACGAUUCGCUAUUUUCCAGCAUCCCUGAUGCCUUCUGGUGGGCAGUGGUCACCAUGACCACAGUUGGCUAUGGGGACAUGUACCCCAUGACAGUAGGGGGCAAGAUUGUGGGAUCCCUGUGUGCCAUUGCUGGUGUCCUCACCAUUGCCCUGCCUGUGCCGGUGAUAGUCUCCAACUUCAACUAUUUUUAUCACCGUGAAACAGAGCAGGAGGAACAAGGCCAAUAUACACAUGUUACAUGUGGGCAGCCUAUACCAGAUCUGAAAGGAGUGGGUGGGGGACUUGGCAAACCAGAUUUCUCUGAGGUUGCACCAGAACGGAGACCCAGCUACCUUUCCACCCCACACAGGGUUUAUACAGAAAAAAGGAUGCUAACAGAAGUUUGAUUAUUGAGAGGGAGAAGUUGGGGGUUGAGGGGAAUGGAGUAACAAAGAACUGCUGUGGUUUUAUAGUCAACCCCUAACUAGAACUAAGGUCUUCAUCAUUCCCUCUUACUGGAGUUACUGGAUGACUGAACUGUGAAACCUAUUGCCUGGACCCCUGACUCCAGUGACCACAAGGCUGUUUCUUGAUAUUUAAGAUACAUGAUGUACUUCCGUGGGUGUCAUCUGACCAUUCUUACUUUCCUAACAACUAUAUAGAAUAUCUUCUCUGAUUAUACUCCCUGAAGACUAAUU